AUGAAAAAUUCUUUGUUAAAAUGUUUUGUAUAUGCAGCAUUUCUUCUAGCUAGCCUUUUUGCAGUUUUGGGACAUAGUUUAAAUGCUGAAGCUCUUAAACCGAAUGAUAUCCGGAAUUACUUAGGAACUCGUACUCCAUAUAGAUUUAAAUAUAACAAAGAUGAUUCUAAGAAAAAGUUUCCUAAUUGCAAAGAUACAAAUGUUUGGAUGGUUAUACGCCAUGGGACGAGAUUACCAAGUGUUAAAGAUAUUUUAGGUAUGAACAAUGAGUUAGAAGAUUUGAAGUAUGAAAUAUUAAUAAAAAACAGGAAUGGUCAAGGUCAAUUAACUAAAGUACAAUUACAACAUCUUCAAAACUGGUCAAGUCGUAUUUCAUUGGAACAGGAAAAAUAUCUUACUUUAGAAGGCCAAGAUGAAAUGAUAUUGCUAGCUGAAAGAAUGCAAAAGAGAUUCCCUAAUGCCAUUAAAUCUAAUUAUAGCAAUAAAACACAUAAGUUCAAAUAUACAGCUACACAAAGAGCUCAGCAAAGUGCCAGAUAUUUUACAAUUGGCUUAUUUGAUAAAAAGGGUUCCCAAGAUGUGGUUUUUGAGCCUGCAUUAAAAAUUGAUACAACAUUACGGUUUUACAAACACUGUGAUAAGUGGAAAAAGCUAGUUAAGAAAAAUCCAGAGACCUACAGAGAACAAAAAAUAUUCGCCAACAGUCUUGAAAUGAAUGAAACAAUACGAUCUGUGUCUAAUAGAUUGGGUUUAGAUAGAGAAUUGAGUUUGGAAACAGUUGUGUUGAUGUAUAAAGUAUGUGGCUAUGAGACGUCGUGGCGGAAAUAUUCUAUGUCCCCCUGGUGCUAUGGUUUCGAUGAGAAAAGUAUUAAAGUUUUAGAAUACUAUCAUGACCUAAAACACUACUGGCUAGAUGGCUACGGACAUAACGUCACUUAUCAAAUUUCUUGUAUGUUAUUGAAAAACAUGUUUCAUAGUAUAAGUAAAACCAUUCCCACUUCAACAUUCCUCUUCGCACAUUCCGGUACAAUGUUAAAGCUGCUAACACACUUGGAGCUUUAUAAGCCAGAUUCACAUCUGAGCGGGAAAUUUAUUGACGAAGAUAGGAGCUGGAUUGCAUCGAAUAUAGACUGUUUCGCAUCUAAUGUAGCCUUUGUACUAUAUAAAUGUAAAGAUGGAGAUAAAUUGCUAACAUUACAUCAAGAAAGAGUAGUUAAGCUGCCGAUGUGUAAAAGCGAAUUGUGCCCGUUGUCUCAUUUAAAGGAAUAUUUCCAUAACUCAAUAGAAAAUUGUGACCAUUCUGAGAUGUGCAAGCUCGAG